ACUCUGUUCUGAACGUAACAUUAACUUUAUAUAUUUCUGUUAUUUCUUAUUUCAAAUUAGCUGCUUAAAAUCUAUCAUGUUUUUUGUACACCCGAAAUCUCUAUAUACGUUAUUAGUGUAAAAAGAUAGAUUGCGCAAUUGAACGACUUUCACUUCUGAGGCAGAAAAAAUAUGUUAAUUCUGAACCUGAUAAAAGCACAAACUGUUUAUUAAAAAAAUAAUAAAUGAAUUGCGACCCUCGACAAAAGAUGAUCGUAAUACCAAAAUCGAGGAAAUCCGGUUAGAGAAACAAGGGAGGGUGGGGGAACGAGGAAACCCCUGCAGAUCGCAAAAGAUUUAUUGAUGCGUGUGUUUAAAGGAUCGAUCUCGUUGCUCAAUACACUUACCAUUUGCUCAAUAGAUUCGGAUGUAGCAAGUAGAAAUGGUUGACAUUUGAAUUACCACAUGAGGUUGCAGCCGCCACCGUUCUUCGGUCCCCACCGGUGGCGAUCCUUCGAAGGCUCGAAACUCCUCGAGGCGUCGAUCGAAAGCAAGUAAAACUUGGGGAGUCGGCAGAAAAUUUUCAUUAUUCGACGUCGUUUCGACAAAACAGCAUCGAAGAAAACAAAAGCCGCCUGACGGUAUCUUUCAACUUUCCGACAGGACUUCGAUAACUGAAAACCAGCAACCAACGACAUGGUGUCUGCAACAGUGUUUGUAACCUUGUCGAUGAUGGUGGCCAUGGCAACGGCAUACUCGGGCGGCGCUCCUGAGGAUGUCUGCGUGGACAUGACCCCUAAGCAUUCUGUCGAUCCGCAAAAAUCUGCGUUCCCCUACAAGAUCACCACCGACCACGAAACAGUCAAGGCCGGAGAUAAAGUGAAAAUCACCAUUAGCGGACCGAAACCCUUCAAAGGUUUCCUGCUUCAGGUCAGGGAUGGCAAAGAGGCCGUUGGCAAGUUCAACGUGGACGACUCCGACAAGUACGUCAAGACCAUCAACUGCUUUUCCAAGAAACAGGUGUUCCACGAUCCUUUAGAAAAACAUAUCAAUUACAUGAUUCGUCAAUCAAUAAACCUCUUUCACAGUAUUGUGAACAAAAUCUUCCCAUUGAAACACAUGUUUUUCUACAAUGGCAACAAAGCCAGCAAACACAACGCAGCCACCCAUAAGAAUUCGGCCGAAAAGGAGUCUUUGACUUUGGAAUGGGUCGCACCUGAGGCUGCAAAAUCCUACACAGUACACGCAACCGUUGCCGAAAACGGCGGAGUAUUCUGGGCGAACCACGCGACGGCCAAGAUCACAGUCCAAUGAAAACACCAAGGAUCGGUUACGGUCUAAUUUUCUAUUGCAGAAUCGUUCACGAUAGUUAUCUUCAAAAUUAUUUAUUUAGAUUAAACAGCAAAAAAAACCAUCAUCAUUAUAAUAAUAGGGAUAAUUUUCC